UCCACGACGAGUCUUGUUCUCCAUCCUUCAAAAACUUCAAAAAAGAUGUCUCACCGCAAGUACGAGGAGCCUCGUUCGGGUUCGCUUGCCUUCCUUCCCCGCAAGCGUGCCGCCAAGCACCGCGGUUACAUCAAGUCGUUCCCCAAGGAUGACGCCAAGAAGCCCGUCCACCUCACUGCCACCCUUGGCUACAAGGCUGGCAUGACCCACGUUGUCCGUGACCUCGACCGCCCCGGCUCGAAGAUGCACAAGCGUGAGGUUGUCGAGGCUGCCACCGUCGUCGAGACUCCCCCCGUCGUCGUUGUCGGUGUUGUCGGCUACGUCGAGACCCCCCGCGGUCUCCGUUCGCUCACCACCGUCUGGGCCGAGCACCUCUCCGACGAGGUCAAGCGUCGCUUCUACAAGAACUGGUACAAGUCCAAGAAGAAGGCCUUCACCCGUUACGCCAAGAAGCACGCCGAGAACAACGGCGCUUCGGUCGCCCGCGAGCUCGAGCGCAUCAAGAAGUACGCUUCGGUUGUCCGCGUCCUUGUCCACACCCAGCUCUCCCUCACCGGCCUCAAGCAGAAGAAGGCCCACCUCGCCGAGGUCCAGGUCAACGGUGGCUCGAUUGCCGACAAGGUCGAGUUCGCCAAGUCGCACUUUGAGAAGACCGUCUCGGUCGACCAGAUCUUCGAGCAGGACGAGUGCAUCGACGUUAUCGGUGUUACCAAGGGUAAGGGUUACGCCGGUGUCAUCUCCCGUUGGGGCGUGACCCGUCUUCCCCGCAAGACCCACCGUGGUCUCCGUAAGGUCGCCUGUAUCGGUGCCUGGCACCCGUCCAAGGUCAUGUUCUCGGUUGCUCGCUCUGGUCAGGACGGUUACCACCGCCGUACCACGAUCAACCACAAGAUCUACCGCAUCUCGAACGGCUCGGACCCCAAGUCGGGCUCGACCGAGUUCGACCUCACCGAGAAGACCAUCAACCCCCUUGGUGGCUGGUCGCACUACCCCGACGUCAAGAACGACUUCCUCCUCGUCAAGGGUGCCCUCCCCGGUACCAAGAAGCGUGUCCUUACCCUCCGCAAGGCCCUCCGUGUCCACACUUCGCGUGCCCACCUUGAGAAGAUCCAGCUCAAGUUCAUCGACACCUCGUCGAUCCUCGGCCACGGCAAGUACCAGACCCCCGAGGAGAAGGCCCAGUUCCUUGGCCAGCUCAAGAUCAAGGCUUAAGCGUCUGGAUCUUUUUAGGGAGAGUCGGAGGUUACCUGUACAUUCUUACACCGAUGCAACAUGGGUGCAUAGCA